UAUUUUUGAACCAAGACUGACCCAAAAUGAAAGCCAGUCUCCUCUUCGCCAGUCCGAAAGAACUCCUUCUUCUUCAUUUGUGGGUUUGGCACCUUGCUGUCUAUUCAAGAAUGGAGUCGAGGUUCUAAGUCAUAUGAGUCCUAAGCAACUGUUUCUGCAUCUUAAUUCUUAAACCCUUCCAAAGAUAGUUAAAACUUAGAACCCUUCAUUUUCCCAAUCGAAAUUCAUAAAGAAAGUUGUCAUUUUACAUGAGAUCAUGAGCGAGACAGAUUCUUGACGGAUUGAAGAAGAGAUGGAUACCAAAUUGCAGUCGUCGGCGCCGGCGUCGGCGGAAGAUCCCUUGGCCGCCGUUAAAGAAGCCAAGAAGCAGUUAGAAACCCGGGUAGAUACCCUUCACGAAGCUCAGGUUGAGCUCAUUUCCUCUCUCCAAACCCUAGUCCCUGACAUCGUCUCUUCUCUCGACCUUUCUCUUCAUAUUAUUUCUACUUUCAAUCAAGGUCGACCCUUUGUUCCUCUUCCCAACCCACUUCCCGUUCCCAAUUCCGGCCCUAGUAAAGCCCCCCCCAUUCGAAAAUCCGAGCCCUCAAUCUUGAAUCAGCAGAAGAAGCUGAAGUCGUCGCCACCACCGGCGGUUAACGAGGGCGUUGGUGGUGGUGGUGGGGUUGCACCGCUUUCGGUGGUCAGGUCCAUGGUGGCGGUGUGUUUGCUGGAGAUUGUUCCGUUUAUGAGAAUCGAUUCCUCCUCGGUUCUGAGGAAGCUUCAGGAGGAUAAUGACCAGUCGGCAGCGACGGCUGUGGAGAGGGCGGCUCUGAGGGAGCUGGGAGGAGGAGGAGGGGAGACUGGUGGGAUUCUGGCCGUGGAGAUGGCUCUGCGGUCAAUGGCAGCGGAUAAUGGUGGCGUGGAGCUUGAGGAAUUUGUGGUCAAUGGGAAGUCAAGGGUGAUGGUGGUAUCUAUUGAUCGGACUAAGCUCGUAAAAGAACUGCCGGAGAGUAAACAGCUUUAUCAGCAGUCCAAUUCCGACUUAAAAAGUCGAAACAUUGGGCCACCAGCUAGCAAUAGUAAUGCUAAUCUUGGUGGUGGUGGGGCUGGGGGUUUUAGGCCAAUGAGGCCGGAGAUGUGGGGAACCAGCCCUGGAAUGUUUGCAAGGGGGAUGCCAAGAGGGAUGCCUCCUCCUUCUCCUGGCAGUGGGAUUAUGGGAAUGAUGCCAAGGGGAGUUGGGGUGCCGCCUCCAAUGCAGAGGCCUCCCACGCCCAUGAACAUGGUGGUGGGGCCAACUUCUGCUAUGAAGCCGCCUAGUAGAUCGGAGGAGGAUGAUAUGAAAGAUAUUGAGGCUUUGUUGAAUACGAAGAGUUUUAGGGAACAGCAGAAGUCAAAGGCCGGUGAGGAGCUCUUGGACCUCAUUCAUAGACCGACUGCUAAGGAAACUGCUGUGGCUGCAAAGUUCAAAAGCAAAGGUGGUUCUCAAGUGAAAGAGUACUGCACGGCUUUGACUAAGGAAGAUUGUCGACGUCAGUCUGGUUCAUAUAUUGCCUGCCAAAAGGUUCAUUUCCGGAGAAUUAUUGCUCCACAUACGGAUGUCAUAUUGGGUGACUGCUCAUUCCUUGAUACUUGUCGCCAUAUGAAGACAUGCAAGUAUGUGCAUUACGAACUCGACUCAACACCGGAUAUGUCUGCAUUGGGGGCACUCACUCCUCCCAAGCCAUUAAAGCCUCAAAGGGAUGUGCAUUACUGUUCAGAAGUUGAGCUCGGUGAAUCACAAUGGAUUAACUGUGAUAUACGGAAUUUUCGAAUGGAUAUUCUUGGGCAUUAUGGGGUUAUCAUGGCCGAUCCACCAUGGGAUAUUCAUAUGGAAUUGCCUUAUGGGACAAUGGCUGAUGAUGAAAUGCGAACACUUAAUGUUCCUGCAUUGCAGACUGAUGGUCUGAUUUUCCUAUGGGUGACUGGACGUGCAAUGGAGUUGGGGCGUGAAUGUUUGGAACUAUGGGGGUACAAACGAGUUGAGGAGAUCAUCUGGGUGAAGACCAACCAGCUGCAGCGUAUUAUCAGAACUGGCCGAACUGGGCAUUGGUUGAAUCACAGUAAGGAGCACUGCCUUGUUGGUAUAAAGGGUAAUCCUGAAGUAAAUAGAAAUAUCGACACCGAUGUCGUCGUUGCUGAAGUCAGAGAGACUAGUCGGAAGCCAGAUGAGGUGAAUAUCCAUCUAUGUUUGCACCCUUGCAACAAGGCAUCUAUCCAGAUUAAAAGUUUUUCUUCUUUUUUUUUUCCAAUGCUUAAUCAAGCUUGACACAUCACAGUUUCGGAGACUAAAUCAAUGUCUUUCUCAUUUCAGAUGUACCCUUUGCUUGAGCGGAUAAUGCCUGGGGCUAGAAAGCUAGAAUUGUUUGCUCGGAUGCAUAACUGUCAUCCUGGGUAUGUAUAACUCUGCUUCUUGAAUGGAAAAUAUGAAUCCUUGAAUUUGCCUCUCAGAAUUUCAGUCUGCUAUAAUCUGAAAUAGAUUAAGUUUGAGAUGCACGCCCUUUUCCUCUAAAUCUACAAUUCGUGAUCUUUAAUUUGAGAAGUGGAAUCUGUAAAUAAUCUAAACAUUUUCAUGGAUGGGGCACUUACCCUGACAUUACACUUACAGUAGUGCUAGCGUCAGAUUUAAAAUUAGCUCCCAAAGCUUAUUUAUUUCGAAUUCAGAAUAGCACCCAUUUUACUUACAUAUCUUGUUUGUUUUGAAUAUUGGUUGCCUUAUUGAUUUGGAUUGUACUGGUUUGACGCACACGUGGCAGGUGGAUGUCUCUGGGUAACCAACUAAAUGGCGUACGCCUUGUUGAUGAAGGCCUUCGGGCAAGGUUCAAGGCUGCUUAUCCUGAUGUUGAGGUGCAACCCGCAUCACCACCGAGGGACGUGGACUCCAAUGCAAGGAAUUCGCUGGGGGAAGGUGAAUUGAAGACCUCGGGAGCCCCACAUGUCCAGGCAACCAAUCCUAUGGCUUCUCAAGAGAAGCCCCCAAAUCUCAACGUGGAUAUAACCAACUAGCAUAAUUUGAUUAUUUCUAGAGGUUAGAUUAUGGUCUUUCCUGUAACCUAGUUAGUGUACAAAGAGGCAAGUAUUGGCCACUGCGCUCCAUUUGACUGUCGAAUUCCAUUACUUAACCAGGCACCACUCCAGUUCAUUUGAGAGUUUGUGCCUUUGUGAAUGCUUAUAUCAUGCUGCGCUGCUGGCCAGUGUUUUCACCUCCUUGAAAGGAAAUCCAAUUAUUACAUUUUGGCAUUUUGUUGAAAUUACGAUGUGAUUAAUCUGGAAAUUUUUCACAAGUUUUAAAUAUCCACGAUUUUUAGAAUUGAAAUACUAGUUCAAUUUAUUUGAGAAAUGAAAAAAAAUAAAAAUGAAUAGAAUAAUUUUUUUUUUAUUUAUCAAUACAUCUAGGGAUUACUUGUUAUUUUCAUGUUUCUGAUAUAGACCGUCAUUAUUUUAUUAUAGUACUCCUUUUCUU